UGGAGUGUCGUUCCCAUCACUGUGCAAUGAACCCAUUGGGAAAUUGCAUUUGUUUGAGGCCUGUGCGGACACGAUGAGUGACCGUUGGAAGGCGAGCAGCGAAAUGAUAGGCGGACACAGAAUACGGACUCGUUCGCAGCGGCGCGAGGUGCACCCGUAGAUGGGUUCCCAAACAUUGGAGAUACUCCGUCAAGGGGUCUGGGCUAGUUUCACGGGAGGCUGGUUCUACGAUCCGAGGCAGGACCAUGAGUCCAACAUUCUGCACCUCUACCUCUGGUUGUUCCUGUUGUGCCUGCCGUUCUCGUUGCACAUGUUCCUCAAGCCAGCAUUGCCUGUCUGGCUGUGCUAUGCGGCCAUUGUGGGUGCGCUGUUUGCGACGCUCAAGAUCAUCAACGUGCGGCUCCACCAAAUGUUUGACAGCGGGGAGUGCAUCGAAGAGUCAAGCGAUGAUUCAAACCGGUCCGUGUCCGCAGACCAUACUGGACAAAGCUCGCAGGGCCAUGGCUCGAAAAAGGAUUCGGAGCACAUUGAAAUGGCCGUCCUGAAGCAGCGGCCGGAUGAGGAGACGCCACCCGUGCAAUGCAGCUCACGAAACUCCUUCAAUGAUGGGGCCCAGGCCCAGAUCCACCCGGGCAGCGCGGUGGCUUCCACUGCCUCCAUGGAGCUGCUGGGGCGGCUGGCCCGCUCCGAUGACUUCGAGAUGAAGUCACACACUGGUGUCUGCGGAAUCGACCUCCAAGUGGACGUGCACCAUCGGAACAGUUCAGGCAGUUCAGGUGGCUCAGCCUCCGGUAAACAGGAGAGGGGAUUUCACGGGACUGGCUCAGCGGCUCCAGGGCCAGGGAGUCCGGACUUUGGGCUUGUUGAUGAAGUGUUGAAGGAAGUGUCGGACCUGAAGUCUGGGGCCGUUUCAAUGCUACCUGCGCCAGCAGGAUUGUCUACUGGUGACGAGCUUGCUGUGGCUUCAGGUUCAUCGACGUCCCUGCACCCAGACAACCACCGGACCCGUAGCCAGCACAGGCGCCGGAGUGGCGGCACCGGCUUCCUCUCUUCCGGUUCCUCGUCUGGCUCGCUCCGCAAUGCCACCGGCUCGGUUGAGCUGGCUUUCCUGUCGCAGGACCCGAGCGUCCGAGCCGCGGAGCUGGCGCGCGCAGCACAACAGCGCAAGAGCAGUCACGCACUUCGCGGCAAUGUCGAGGAUGCCGAUGCCAACUGGCUGGUGCGGCGUGCCCAUAGCGAGCUCGAGACCAGCGCUGCUGAGAAGCAGCGGUCCUCCAUUCCGCCGUCUCAUCCAGUUUCACUGGAGGCCAUCCGCGUCGGGUCAUCGUCUUCUUCAACCCCCGUGCCAGCGAAUGUCCGGCACGUCCGGAGGAGUGUAGAGUUCUCGCGGCCCCCACUGAUGAACGACGGCGCCAUCAAGACGAUUGCGGAGCAACCAGCUGCGGAGACUCCGGCUAGCACGGCAUCUAGUGGGUCGAGCAGCAUGAAGUCAUUGGUUAGGCACCGCUCGCUGGACGCGGCCACGUUAAGGCAGCGACGUGGUCGACGUGGCAGCGAAAAGAAAGAGGAGGAAAAGACUGGGGUAGUGGUGUCAAGUGGUGCAGACGGUCAUGCCGCGGCGGGCCGUUGUUUCCCGUCGACAGAUAGCGUGUCGUCGGCAUCUGGUGAAUCUGAUCGAAGCAGCAGCCACUUCACAGUCAUCUACAAACCACUGGAUCCAUGCAGUGGCAAUCCACAGGAACUUGACUUGCCUGAGCAGUACCCUGGAUGGCUAGAAGGGAACCCCAGAAAUCCGGAACCACUUCCAUCUCCGGCCUGCUCAGAACGUAGCAGUGUGGCUGGCUUGGAUUGGCUUUUUGCCAUAGCCACAAGCCAACCAGCGAACGAGACAAAGACAUUGGCACCUUUGGAGCUGUGCAAAGAGCAGACGGAGCACAAGCCCAGCCAACAGCGACCAGCCGAAGCAGCUGAGACGUGCAUCGGGGCCAGCGAUGCAGACUCCAGUCUUCCGUGGCAGUGCGAGGAGGCUGUCAUGCGGGUCCGCAGUGGAUCAUCGGAGCAGAGCCUCUCUGAUGCCAGUUCCCCAUCGUCUCCCGACGAGAUGACUCCCCUUGGUGCCUCGGGACGCCUCUCCACUGCUCUGGGAGCCAUUCCCAAGCAGUACAUAGACGAUGCCAGAGGGGAACAGGCAUACCCACCAGUUCCUGGGCCGUUUACGCGGACGACGGUGCGGUCAUUGCUGAGCCGCCGUCUGCUCGACAUUCUCAACCUCAAUGACCCUCAAGAGUGUGAAGUGGAGCUGCAGAAGUUGAAGAGGGAGUUGGACAUCUGCCGACGGCUUGCUUCAAAUGCCGAGGAGGCACCUCCGAGCUUCUCCCCACCAACUUCCAAAGCCCCUGCUGCAAACCGGAAGCGCCCAAAGCUGGCGGCCACUCGCCGAAAAGCCAGUUAUGGCACCUCCGAGUUUCUCUCUCUCCUGCCAAGCAAUCCGCCUUUGCCUCCGGCCGAUGGGCAAAAAGAUGAAGAGUCAGCAACAGCGAUGGCUGGCUGGACUUCAUCGGGCCGGCGGAACUGCACCGACCGGGGACCGCCAGCUUAUCUCCUGGCGAGCAUCUUGUCAACACCUGGCACCCACUUAGCCAUAUCGCACGAUGACACUUCACCUGGUGCGGUACAUUGCUUCCAAGAUGAACACGGGAACUGGCAGACAUACACCUUUGAUGAGAACAGCACGGGCGUGUCAAGGGGCCUUGAGAUGUCACCAGACACCAAGAUAUUCCAGAUGAUGUUCGACAGCAAGUGGGAGACGUCAUCUCGCAGCAGUUCAAGCUCAAGCUCCACCACGAUGCUUGACAGUCCCGCCGCCUCUGCUUCCGUGCCCCCUCACGGCAGCUGUCCGAUUGCCAUGGGGUUCAGUCCUGCGCCCGGCAUGACACCCUGCGUGACAACGACAGAGGCCUCUUCCAUGACCAUGGUGACUGGCUCGAUGCUGCGGCCAUCCCCCCAUCAGCCUCAGCACCGUCUGCACCACCACACCCACCAUUCCCAUUCACAGCAGCAGCAGCAGCAACAGCAACUCCUCCAGCAACAGCCGUCAUCCUCGACUUCACUGCAACAGUAUUCUCACCAACCUCGACAUCACCACCGCCGGCGCGGUCAUCACAGCGGUGGUCAGCGAGGGGAGGAUGUUGGAGCCAUGGUGCCAUCUUCACUUGACCUCUCCCUCCCUUCCGGAGUAGGGGCAGCGGCGCUUGGACUGAGGCGGGGCGGCGCUACGGUGCUGGAGAACCGGUUUGAUCUGGGCGCCGCUGGCGAAGGGGCCAGCGUCCGGUUUGAUGGCUCCAGAGGCAGCAGUGGACCGGUUCUUCUUGCGGAAUCUCUUCUCAGCCGCAUGGCUAUGGCAGCGGCAGCGAAUGGCGCCGGAGUUGGACCUGCAACGUUGUCUCAGACAGCAUCCUCACAGGACACCGAGCUGGACUCAACGUGUCACAUGCGAUUCGUGGGCAGUGGGACACUGCGAGACGGCAAGCCGCGUCAUUACUACCGCUUCCGGUUGCUGCCCUGCAAGACCAUCAAGGUGGGCUUCGACCGCCUGGCCCUCAUCACUGUGCUGGACAGGAACCUGACGGUGAUGGAGAAUGUCCUGUCCAUUGUCCUGGCAGUCCUGGUGGCUGUCCUGGGAUCCCUGUGCCUCUCCAGGGGCUUCUUUCAGGACAUUUACAGCUUUCUCUUCUGCUUUGUCAUGGCCAGCUGCCAAUACUGCCUGCUCAAGAGUGUUCAGCCAGAUGCUGCCUCACCGACUCACGGCUACAACCGGGUGGUCCUGUACAGUCGGCCCGUGUACUUCUGCCUGUGCUGCUCGAUGUUGAUGCUGGUACAGUUCCUGCUCGACUCCAACAUCGAGUACCCGCAGGUCACCCUUUAUGGGAUGCGACUCAUCACCAACGGAGCCGUGGCUUGGGCACGAAGCUUCCUCAUAGUGUUCAUCUUGGCAUUCCCGGUGACCUUCAGCUUGGGGUUGCUGCCCCAAGUCAACACAUUCGUGACAUACCUGUUGGAGCAGAUCGACAUGAACCUGUUUGGUGGAUCAGCAACCACUGGAUUGGUGUCAGCCAUCUACUGUGUGUCACGGAGCCUGGCGUUUGUGGUGUGCUUGUUUGGGCUGGCCUACGUCGCCCUAAAGGAGGGCCACAAUCCAUCACAGCACAUAAUGUUUUCCCUGUUUUGUGGGUUUCUUGUCACCUCCUGCUACCUGCUCAGCAGGAGUGCCAGUGAUCCCACCAUUCUCUGGAACCUUAUCAAACGCCACCUGUGGUCUGAAAGCUUGCCAACUGCCAAUGCCACUGACAGCGCUCCCGAAUAUGUGGAUCCACUGCCAGCAAAACUAGAAAAAACAUUUAGGGCCAGACUUAGGACGGAUGCGAUACACUGUGUCUUUGUAGCAAUCUUUGUAUUUGCAGUGCACGUCAGCACAAUGUUCUCAGCUCUUCAGCCGUACCUGGAAAUGCUGCUUCACCUGACGGCGGUCGUGUGGGGCCUCUUGCUGCACUAUGUGUUGCCCCAGCUGCGCAAGCAGCUGCCCUGGCUCUGUUGCGCGCACCCCAUCCUCAAGUCGAACGAGCAUCAGCAGUUCGAAGUGCGCGAACCAGCCCGAGUGAUGUGGUUCGAGAAGCUGCAGGUGUGGAUGUGGUUCAUCGAGAAGAACAUCAUCUACCCGCUGCUCUUCCUCAGUGCCGUGAGCACAAGCACGCCUGACAUCAUCAACCGCUUCGGAGUCGCCGGUGGCUGCCUAGUGUUGGUGGUGUGCGCCCUCAAGUGCCUGCGUAGUGCCUUCAACGACCCGUCGCAGCAUUUCCUUGUGCUGCUCUUCACGGUGCUGUUCUUCACCUACGACUACCGGGGACCCAUGGAGCCAUUCCUCAUCAACUACUUCUGCUGCCUGUUUGUCUUCUCCAAGGUGUACGAGUUGUUGCUCAAGAUUAGCUUCAUCAUCACCUACAUCGCCCCCUGGCAGAUCACUUGGGGAUCAGCAUUCCAUGCCUUUGCACAGCCCUUCAGCGUCCCACAUUCGGCCAUGCUUUUUGUGCAAGCCAUCAUAUCGGCGAUCCUGUCGACGCCGCUUAGUCCGGUCCUGGGUAGCGCCAUCUUCUUCACCUCGUAUGUCAGGCCGGUCAAAUUCUGGGAGCGGGACUACAACACCAAAAGAGUGGACCAUUCAAACACACGGUUGUCGUCACAGCUGGAACGAAAUCCAGGCUCGGAUGACAACAAUCUGAACUCUAUUUUCUACGAGCACCUGACGCGGUCCCUGCAGCAGUCGCUGUACGGGGACCUGGCCCUAGGCCGCUGGGGCAACGUGACGCAGGGCGACUGCUUUGUGCUGGCUUCGGACAACCUCAACUGCCUGCUCCACAUCAUCGAGCUUGCCAACGGGCUCGUCACGUUCCAGCUCAGGGGACUCGAGUUCAGAGGCACCUACUGCCAGCAGCGCGAGGUGGAGGCCAUCUCGGAGGGCGUCGAGGAGGACGAGGGCUGCUGCUGCUGCGAGCCGGGUCGGCUGCCACAUCUGCUGUCGGCCAAUGCGGCCUUUGGCCAACGCUGGCUUGCCUGGCAGGUGGCGGCCGCCCGCUACGUCCUCGAGGGCUACUCCAUCUCGGACAACUCUGCUGUCUCCAUGCUGCAGGUGUUCGAGCUGCGCAAGGCACUCGUUACCUACUACGUCAAGGCCAUAGUCUACUACACGGUUACGUCUAAUCAUCUGGAAGAGUGGCUUGCCUUGCCAACCGUGAGAGACGCACUGCACCCGACCUUGGACAGAAAUUACACGGAUGUGGACCCGGUGUUCAACAUGAACAUCGACGAAGACUAUGAUUUUCGGGCCUCGGGGAUCUCGCGCAACUCCUUCUGCAACGUGUACCUCGACUGGCUGCAGUUCUGCAUUGCUCGGUCUGGAAAGAGCCUUGAGCACGAUCGAAACUCUCUGGUCGUGUCACUGUGCUUUUCGUUGAGUCUGCUGGCCCGGCGGGCACUGGGAACUGCAUCGCACAACUCUUUCUCAAGCAGCGUGGACCUUCUGCUGUACGGCCUGCACGCACUGUUCAAGGGUGACUUCCGCAUCACGUGCGUCCGGGACGAGUGGGUCUUCCAGGAUAUGGAACUCCUCCGACGAGUCGUUGCACCCAGCGUACGCAUGGCCCUCAAAUUGCAUCAGGAUCACUUCCUCUCUGCCGAGUACGACGACCAUGCGACGCUGUACGAUGCCAUCAGCAACUACGAGAAGAACCUCGUCAUCUCCCACGAAGCUGACCCAGCCUGGCGCAAUGCAGUGCUGUCAAGUGUUCCAUCGCUUCUGGCUCUGCGGCACGUCUUUGACGACAGCUCAGAUGACUACAAGAUCAUCAUGCUGAACAAGAGGCAGCUCAGCUUUCGGGUUAUCAAGGUCAACCGCGAGUGCGUUCGUGGUCUGUGGGCGGGACAGCAGCAGGAGCUGGUGUACCUGCGGAACCGCAACCCGGAGCGUGGCAGCAUCCAGAACGCCCGCCAGGCACUGCGCAACAUCAUCAACUCAUCAUGUGACCAGCCCAUUGGCUAUCCCAUCUACGUGUCGCCGCUGACCACGUCAUUCCUGGAGACGUCGGCCCAGCUGUGCGGACUGAUCGGGGGACCCCUCAGCAUUUCGCGGUUCGGUGGUGCCCUCCUGGGGUUCUGGAACCGCCUCAAGAUCAGAUGUGGCGAGGGUUGUUCGAGCGGUGGCACGGCCAUUCAGGACGACAACAUCUUUGACUACACCAUGGCGGGCUCCCUGUCUGGAAGCAUCUCGAGAGCCCGCCGCAGCCACUCAAGCGGCUCGCAUUCGGUGAGCUACACAGGGACAGAAACUGGGAGCAGUAACGGCGGCGGUGGCGGGAACAGCGGCGGCAUCGGUGCCGGACUCGACCAGGGGAGCCGCAGCGUCGGCCGAACAUCGGCUUCGAGCAGCAUCGGCCGCGGGAGCACAUUGAGCAGCCUCGGCCGUAACAGCACCAGCUUCACGAGGACCUCACUCAACAACCUCACAGUGUCGUCCUCGCUCGUGUACAAGCCUGGCGGGACGACACCCAGCAGUGGCGUGACAAUCCUGAGCACCACGCCGUCGAGGCAGCAGCACCAGCCGUUCAUCGUGGAGCAGCCGCCCCUGGGAGCGGCAUGCUCGGGACCGUUUGUGGUCGAGGUCACUCGAAGGAGCUCGGCGUCGGCGGCAGUGCCCCCUCUUUACUCUGGCAGCAUAGCGGCAAACAUACCCAGUCUCGCAGCAAACCUGACCAGUCUCGUCAGCAUUGCCGGAGCGUCAUCGGUCGGCAUCCCCACAAGCAUCGCCACUACGGCUGGAAGUGCCCUCCGGGAGACAGCAAUGGUCUCCGGUGUGCCAUCAACGGAAAAAGUCAACAUCUGAGCGAGUUUUUAACACCCUGUGAAGGGGGGCCAUCUUGAUGCACCUUGCAUAUUUUUUCUUAUUAUGGUGAACAAAGCCGGGCACAGCGAUCUCACAUGAUUCUACUGCCACUGCUAGAUGCAAGCUACAGUCAAUAGGGCAUUCUAGGAGAUGGCACUGGCUGCUGGACUGUCAUAACAAGGAUGGCGUUAAAUCUGAGUCCAUGUAUGCUCCUUGGGUGUCCAUGCGCUCAGUCAGCAAAUGAGGCAAGGUGCACACGCAUCGCGAUUCUGUUACCAUCUCGAGUCGUCACUCCCAAUUGAUGCUGCAUGGAGGAGUCCGGCCAUGCUGUCCCCACUGCGCUUGAGAGUUCAGCAGUGAAGCAUAGCCAGACUUGCUUCAAACAUGACCACUCUCAGUCAGCAUCGCCGAAAGUUCGGCCACUAUUCCGACCGAUGGGCUAAGCGGUUACGACAAGAAGCGCUCCCCUACAGAAUGCCACGGUUGCCAGACUGCCGUCAACAAAGUCAACGCAAUAGUCAAUUUGUGCACUUCAGGUGGGACGGUGAUUUGAUUAACUUGUAUAUUCACUUCUUUUACUUUGUUCUUCAAUGGAGACGACCUGCGUGGACCUUUCAUUUCAGCUGCCACUGCAGGCUUACUUUACAGCUGGUGGUGCAUUCUGAGAAGAGUAUAUAUAUAUACAUAUAUAUAUAUAUAUAUAUAUAUAUAUAUAUUCAGUGGGGUAAGCCAAAACCCAAUUCACAUUUAUGCACAGUGGUUAAAGGUCAGACAUACUUUGUACGCUUUCACUAAAUGCGCCGAAUGGUGCGAGACCCUUGGACCCAGAAAAUCCCCUCUUGUGGCACCCUUAUGGACUGACUUUUUGAGUGCUUUGUUGAGAACCUGCUGUAGCAUUUCCUCCAUAGCGACCCGACAAUAUGUCGUCGUACCUGGGAACCGCAUCUCUCUUCUUUGUGUGAUGGGCCGAGUUCUGCCUCUAGCUUUUUAGUGAGCAGAAAGACAAGGUAAUGCAAGUCAUGUGAGCCUUGAACCUGAAUUGAUAGGGAGGGAAGCCAUUUCCAGCCACAACUGCAAAGUUCACUCUGCUACGUCCAUGUUCUCUUUGUGUGUGUGUGUGUGUGCGUGUGCGCGCGUGCGUGCGUGCCUGUGUGUCUACGUUGUACUGUAUUGUCUGCGAUGACCAACAGUGUUACAACUAUGUACUUCGUCACAAAUGACAAUGGUACCCAUUAUAUUUUUUUGUCUUGUGUAAAAAUCGCGUUGUUAUUCAAAGUUCUACUGUUGCGGUACUUCUGUUGUGCUUCGUGAACUUGCUGUUGAUAGUCCGUCGCUUUCUUAGGUUCGUUUCUUUCUCACCCAGAACUGUCAGCCCAAAAUGCAUGAAUUGAAAGUGCGUUUGUUCACAUUGUCGGCACUUGUUUUGACAGCAGAUAGUUUCAGCUGUUGUCAUUGGUUCGAACUACUUAAAGUGUUCAUUCGUCCUGGUGCUGAUGGUUCCCUGUCAUCCAUGUCCUUCUGGCUUGGUGUGAAUGUCCGCAUGUUCUGCCUGAUUGUUUGUGUCCUUCUCUUGCCAUCACUGUAAGAAAAGAAGAACACCCUGUUUUAUAUGAAGCCACAGUCUGUCAGGCUUGUUGACAUACUGAUCUGCGUUAGUACUUGAACCGUAUUCCUUCCGGUUACAGUGACAAUGUCUUAGUUGGCUCGUCUGUCAGCCACAUUGGGAAAAGGCCGGUGAAGGUUUGACUUCGUUACACAACUUGUGUUGACAUUUUCGGUGUGGCGCACUGUGUGCCCUCUGCAGUGAUACUUGGGCUAUUAUAGGCAAUGUUGCAAAAUUUCAUGAGCAAGCCUGCAUUUCAAUGCCAUAAACAUGGCAGUGCCAUGCACACCUUCACUUGAAAAAUACUGUUGAUUUGAUCUGUUUAGAGGUGUCCUGGUUCGUAGUCUCUUUAGGCUUAUAAUUCAAACCUGAUUGAGUGCAAACAUUAUCAAGUAUGCACAUCCUGUAGGUUUAGGUUCAGUGUGUAUAAGUAAAUUGUUAAAUAUAAGAUAAAAUCUAAGCUGCCACAUUCGUCAGCAACUCACUACACUCAGAGUUAUUGCAGUAUAUUUUGAGAUAUUAUACAGUCAGUAGAUAAGACUAACGUUCCAUUCGGACUUAAUAGAAACCUCUUUUAGUGUAAGCAUUAUUCAGUAAGCGCAGCUCUUAGAUUUAGGUUUAACUUCUUCUAGGUUCACUACAUACCAAUAUAUUUGUAUAUAGGUAUAUAUUGGUGAAUUGGUAUUCUAUAUGGUACUGUAUAUGGUACUGUUUAUGGUAUUGUAAUAUUGGUAAAUUGUAUAUUAGUAUGGGUAAAUAUAUUGGUAAAUCAGAGCUGGACAUGUACUUCCACAACACAUUACACUAGAAAUUCGUGCAAUACAGUGCAUGUCCGGCACUGUUGGCAAAUUGCACCAACAGAGUUACGAAAGAAGUCAUUGUAGUGAGUAUUCUUGCAGGCAGGCUUGCUCAAGGAACUUUGAAUAUCUCCAAUUCGCAAUAUGUGCCUGCUUUCAUGCAGGCACAGAUAGAUAGUACAUAUACUAUGCGCGUGCCUGGUGCUCCUUGUGUUUCAUUUCUGGACAUCGAUAUAUCGAAUGGCUUUUCAUUUUCUAGAUUUCAGUGAUCUAGCUGCAGGAUUAUGUCCAGCUGCUUCAAAAGCUUUUUUUGUUGGUGACGAUGGUGUUCUAAAAGGAUGUUUGGUUGUGGAAGCUCAAGAGAUUAUGGAUCGAUGCUGAACAGGUUAGCUGUACUGCUUUAUAUUAGCGUUCACAUACAUGUUUCUCUUUCUUUAAAGACUUAAUCAGUUAGGCAGGCUCUGUUGAAAGGCAAAGAUUGUACAUGGUUAACUUCUUGAAACAAAUGGCACAGCCCUUAGUUAUAUUUAGGUGUUAGAGUUUGCAAAGCUUCUUCAAUGUUUCGCCCUCAUUCUAAGAUGUUAAAAAAUUUAGUGGGGUGCAAUUAACCAACUGUAGAGGCAGCAGCAACAUUUGGGCCGACUUAUUCAGUGAAAUUUAUAUUCAACAUGAAAGAACACAUUCAGAUGUUUCUGUCAAACUAUUUAAGAACAUAGUAAUGUUGAAACAAAGCUUACAUUGAUGGCAUAGAAAAUAUCAGGGGACAUAUAGAUGAAUGUCUCUCUUCUAACGGAGGUAGCAAAGCAGCUGGCAGCUUCUGUGCUAUUAUUAUGAUGAUAAUGAUAUGUGGCAUUUAAUGGCGCAAGGGCCAGGAAUGUCCGAAGAGCACCACGAAUUAUUGGUAUUACCUCAGCCCUGUCUGUACAGUGCAAAUGCUGGUAUGCCUUCUUGAUGAUAUACUUUUUCAUGGCCUUCCACUGCAGUCUUUUACAUUGUAAUAAUACCAAUGACCACGCAUGUCAAGAGUGCAAUAUGUGAGCAUUGCACCCUUCAUUCUCCUCAAUGAUUUCAAUUUUGUUACCGCUUUUUGUUUCAAGCAUAUCGAAAACGCAUUUUGCGUUCUAUAGAAAUAGUCGUCGCAGCGUGAAGUGAGUGAAGCGCUUUAGUGACUCUUGUCGCGAAAUUACGAUGAUUCCAUAACCCUUUUAAUGCCAUGAAACACGAAGUGGCGUGUAGUAUAAAAAAAUAUCCUAGGAACUUGUAUAAUAUCUUAGGCAUAUAAUUGCAUGACGCUCGCUUACUUGCAUGACCAGCUUUACGUGUGCUUAGGUAUCCUUUUAUAUGUGGUUCUGAUCCCACUACAAAGAAAUAAUUUUGCCUCUUAACUGAAUUAUGGCAGUCUAGCAUUGUAAUUCUAUGUUAGAAAAUGGAAACGAAAAGUGAGUAUCACAUGAUCGAGAAUCAGGCGCGACAUGGCAGUCGCUAGACAGAACAUCUUAACACUUAUUUUCGGCGGCUGUGCAAGCUUAACUGAAGGUAGCAGCCAUUAUUUACUUCAAUAAAGGCUCUCGCUUUUGCCUUGUUCUCGUUUAGCUCAUCGUCUUAAAUUUCCAUCUCCCACCUUCCCCGUGUUUCCUCUGAAAUUCAAUAAAGGCAACAACAUAAUACGAAGAAUGAUAUAAAAGUUUGCAACUUGCAUAUCAGGAAAACUGCCAGACCCUGGAAAAUUUAUUCUUUAACAUAAUCUCCUCUCACACUAAUGCACUUCUCCCAUUUUCCUGGAAGGCUUUUGAUACCUUGCAAAAAAAAAAAAUCUUCCUGGUUGCCAAGCCACUCCUCUGUGGCAGUUUGAAGCGAGUGCAAGUCAUCAAACCUCGUUCCCUUGAGUUGUUCCUUCAAAUUCGGAAAUAAAAGUCACUUGGGGCCAGGUUUGGACUGUACGGUGGGUGGUCCAGCUGUUCGAAACAACACUCUCGAAUGGCAGCCUGGGCAACACGAAACCUGUGAACCGGGGCAUUGUUGUUCAGAAGGAGGACACCUGUUGUCACUAAUCCUCGGCGUUUUUUUCACAAUGGCUUUACAUAGUUUUUGAAGAAUGUUGACACAGUAUUCGCCUGUAACUGUCCUACUGUUUUCAAGAUACUCAAUGAGCAGGAUCCCUUUCACGUCCCAAAAAAGUGUCGCCAUCACUUUCCUCCACGAGCGUAGGGUCUUUGAAUUUUUUCGGGGGAGGGGACCCCAAAUGCCUCCACUGCAUAGACAGCUGUUUGUUUCUGGGUCCCACGGAUGCAGCCACAUCUGAUUUCCAGUCACAAGUCUGGAGAAAAAAUUUUCUGGGUUGCUUGAAUAGAGGUGCAGAAGUUCCCUUGAUGGAUGCAAGCAGUGGUGUCCAUCUUGUGCUGAGAGGUUCCGUGGCACCCAUCAUGCCGAGACCUUUGACAUACCCAAAACAUUGUGAAUCAUAGUGAAAGCACUGCCAUGAGAAAUGUUGUCCGGCAACUUCGGACAGCUUGAUUCGGUGAUUAUUCAUGAUAAGGCUCUCUGCUGAGGCUGAACGGUCCAAAUUGGUUGAAGUGGGCGGCCGCCCUGACCUUGGGUCGUUUCCCGCGUACACGUGGCCAUGUUUAAACUCAUUGAACCGCCAAAUCACUGUAGCAUGUGAAGGACAUUCCCUGCCAUACACAAUCACCAUCCUACUGUGGAUUUCUUUGGCAGAACUUCCUUCUUUGCACAAAAAUUUGGUAACGCUCCGGUACUCGAGCUUGAAAUCGUGGGAGGAUGCCAUGUUUGACUGACUGGUGCAGACCAAGUAACAAACUGGAAGGCUUGAUAUUCAGGCCUUGCUAGGCUGCAGAGAUGACCUAAACAAAAGAUAGAGAGAGAUCACUCUCAGGCAUUUGGUUAUAGCCAAGUUGCAACACCUUUUGAUCUCCCCUCGUAUUUUGGUGCUUAAUGUAAGUUGAAGCUUUCGCAUCACCGUCAUGCGCCGUAAUCCUUUUUGUCCUUUUUAUUUCUUUUUCUUUGUUCAUAAAUGCGAUGUAUUUAUUAUUACUGCGAUAAAAAUAAUGUGUGGAUCAACAUGGCAAUCAUAAAACAUACUCUCACUCAUAGUGACAUGGCUUGUUUACUGUUUAACUGUCCUGGACUUCACAGAGAGUGCAAAAGUGAUGCGUACAAGUUGGGAAGUAGAGUACACAUUACCAGUUAACAUAUUAAAAGGCUUUUUAUUAAGCCUGUUCAAUAUUACCAGAAAUUAGUGCAUUAUCUCAGUUGCGCGACAACAAUACCAACAGAACAGGCAGAAUGCAAGCGGAACACGCACAAAGAACACCAAGGGAGCGCUGAAACACACUAUGUGGCUGAAUGCCACUCUCCUGUACGAAUGACAGUUUGCACUUUAAUCACGCAAUAUAGGAAUGUUCCGUGCAUUUCGAGCAAGAAUGUUGAGCUGUAGAGCAAUACAUUACUAUUUCACUGCAGUCAGUGCGCUUUAUUGGCAUACGAUCAGCUGAAAUUGCCAGCACCGAAAUGCCACCGUGUACAUUCCAAUGCGCGUGGCGCGACUGCCUGUCUGCACUAAUGCGGUGAUGGUGCUGCAGCCUCCAGUUCAAUGUCGCAGCCAGUGCCAACAGAAGCCCUUAAAAGAGCACUUAGGAACAGCAUAGUGUUUCACAAUAACAUUACUAGGCAGAACCCUGCGUGAAUAUCUUAUAUAGACGAGUUUCUUUUUCCACUCUUUUCAUCUGUCAUGCCGAAUGACCAAUGCCCUGCUAUAAUGGCGAUGUGGCUCCGUCCAAGCUAUUGACGAAGAGCCGAAAAAACAACAACACUUCAAAUGAAAUUGUUCAUUAGGAAAUACAACCAUUCGUGCUUUGGUUGCUUAACUGCAGUUAACAUUUUUAGUAAGUAGAUCUUUGCACAAUUUCACUUGGCUCUGUUGUGAAGCCAUGCUGUAGCUUCAUUAUUUUUGCGUUGGCUUCUGCUGUUUUGCAUGCAUGCCACAAAAAUAAUUGAUCUUAUGAUGUAAUUUUCAUUAUGUGAUCGGAGCACAAUAAAGCGUGCGUGUCCCUAAAUGUAGACAGCCUUCAGGCAGCAGCGUUAGCCACACGUAUAUAACUUUUGACGAUCUAAACAAGUAUUUUUCUCUUCUACGAUGCAAAUGCAGCAAAAGAGAAAUGGUAGGUUCUGUAGUCUCUGUGAGCUUCAAGAUUUUAGGAAGUCGUAGGUACACUUGAACCUAGAGGGAGGAAGUUUAUGUAAAUCCAUGUACCGCCCGUCAUUAUCCACGCUACCUGGAACAUGAGUAUUCAUUCAUUUGAACAAUACUGGUGAUGCAUGCAGACACUAGAGAUAUAGUUUGAUUAUUUUUAACACGAAAUUGCUUGCACUACUACUGUUCACCCAGUGAAAUUUACUGCAACAAUGCCAAUGUUCUGCUCGCAUCCUGUUUCUUGACGGAGCUGGUUAAUUAUGGUGACCAAUUAUUUUCGUGCUGCGGAUGUACACGGGACAAAGAUGCAAAAGCAAGCAGUUUGUGCAAUCUUUUAAGUUUCUGUUUUCUUUAUUUUGUUAAUUCGAAACUGUAUGCUUGGCAGUACUACUGUUCACUUGUUGGAAUUUGUCGAAAGGAUGCCAUUGUUUGGCCGACAUUCCAUUCAAUGUUUCAGCCGAUUAGUGGUAAUUGUAAUUGGUAAAAAUACGCUGAAUUUGAGACACAUCAUUUGCACAAGGUACCAGUUCACGCAAAGUAUAACUUUUAUUCGUUUUUGCUUUGUCGGUGCGAAGCUCUGUGCGUAACACCGCUUCAUUUCACCCACUGAAAGUCAUUGUUAGAAAGCCAAGGUCUUGCCGACAUCCUGUAUGCUGAUGUAGUUGGUUAAUUGUGGUAAUUGUCAUCAGUAUUGGGCAGUAAUGGGGAGGGGCUCCCAAGUGCACAAGAUACCAUUCAUGUUUAUGUUUCUCUCUUUGUUUUAACUAGUGUGAAACUUCAUACUUAACACUAAAUACUGUCACACUGGAACUCACCAUAAGAAUGCCGAUGUUCUGCCGGACUGUUUGCUGGGGCAUCUCGUUAAUUGUGUUAAUUUUUAUUAGUAUUGUGUACUGUAUGUAAAGAGCAUCCAGUGCACAAACAUCCGAUUCACAAUGCUUGCUCGAGCUUUUCUUAUUUAUUUUUAAAUUUUUUUACUCUAUUGCCUCAAGAAGAGCAGUAACCGCAGGUUAUCGGUGCUUGUAGGUCAGCAGCAAGAACUCGCUAGUCACCCUUUUAAAUACACAGUAGAACAUUUGACUGAUGCCCGUUUCCAACAGGUACCAGUUGUACAUACUGUACAAAAAGAAAAAAAAAAAGGUCAUCGGCCACUUUCGUUUUGGAAGACGUCCAGUAAAGCUUAGAACAAUUCUUCAAGCAUGUGAUACGGGACACAUUGUACAUAGUUCUACCAGCAUUUCCGGCUUUGGUUCUUAAUUGUGUGACUGUGUGUGUGUGCUACCUUGUUGAGCUCCUGUGGAAUGGACUUGAUUCCUAUUUGCGGUGUUAACAGUGGCUGCAACAGUGGCCUGCAGGAACCGAGCUCUUGUUCUCCUAGUCUUGAACUGAGGCACGAUUCCUUCUGCUGUACAGCUGACUCUUGUGUGAUUGUGUCGUGUGUAUUCCCUUGGGAUGAAGUGGCUGAGAUGCUUCUAGCUUUAAGCAUUUUUCUACUGAUUUGUAAGUUGCCGUUGAUGAAUGGGUUGAAGAGGUUUUCUUCGUAUUCUUAUGUUCCUGGGGUCUAGUACCUUGAGAACCCAUCAGUGCAUUGCUUUUUGUAUUGCCUAUUAAACCAUCAAUACAAAGAA